AUGAUAAGAUCUGUAUUGCAUUAUGUCAGUUCAAUCUGGACUAGUUGUGAUAAGGAGAAUUUAAGCCGUGUUUUUAAGCUACAAAAGAGAGCAGCAAAGGUAAUUUCCGACGCUAAUAACCAGGCGUCUAGUGUUAAGCUUUUUAUAGUCUACAGUGGCUUCCUUUUUAUGAAGAAGUGAAAAUAGCUAAAUGUUCUGUGGCAUAUAAACGCAUCAAAGGGUGAAGUUCCCUUAUAUACUGAAGACUCCUUAAGACUCAACAGUCAGCAACAUAGUCCUGCAACUAGAUAUAGUAAUAUAAAUUUUAUUUGCCCAAAAUUUAAUCGGGUGACCGAAGGCGGUAGGUCGUUCGCAGUUUCUACUUGCCAACUCUGGAACAGCUUAAAUCUAGAACUCAGAAAUGCAGCAUCACUAGAAUCCUUUAAGAAUAAUUAUCAAAAUAUCUUAUUUAAAGAGCAGCAGGAAUUACACCAUUUCAUAGUUUAAUCAUAUUCUUGUAUGUAUUUCACUAGCCAUAUCACUAGUUCUUAUACUCAUUCAUAUUGAUGUAGAACUUCUAUAUUUCCUUAGUUUUAUUUAUUUUGUACUUAGACUUUGUAUAUUCGGAAUCUUAUUUUUUUUUUCGUAAUUUUA